AUGGCAUCUUCCUCCAAGGCAGUGUUCUUGGCGCUGCUCCUCGCCGCGCUGUCGGCGACGGCGACCAUGGCGCACCACCACGACGAAGGCCAUGUCGUCUACAGCCCCGGCGAGCACUGCCGGCCGGGGGAGGGCUUCCCGGAGCACCCGCUCCCGCGCUGCCGGGCGCUGGCGAAGCAGCAGUGCCUCGGGCGCGGCGCGCCCGGCGCCGUGGACGCGGGGGUGCGGCGGGAGUGCUGCCGGCAGCUCGCCGCCGUGGACGACGGGUGGUGCAGGUGCGAGGCGCUGCGGCACAUGCUGCGGGGCGUGUACAGGGAGCUGGGCGUCGCCGACGUCGGGCACCCCAAGGCCGAGGUGUUCCCGGGCUGCCGGAGGGAGGACAUCGAGCGCGCGGCGGCGAGCGCCCCGGCGCUCUGCGGCGUGGACAUCCCCAACGGCGCCGGCGGCGUCUGCUACUGGCUGGGCUAUCCUAGGAAUUAA